AUAUUAAACGCUCCUUGAAUUGGGUUAUGUAAUUAAUAGGAUUCAAUUGGCCCAAUGACCCAAACAAUAAACAUGUUAGGGUUCCAAUUCUCAACUUUACUGUCUCUUGUUUCUCCUUCCCCUCUCUCAACAAAGAAAAAAUGGCAGUAACAUUCUAUAACCUUAAGUCUGAAUCUGGUUUGAAGAAGCUUAAUGAGUACCUUCUCACACGCAGUUAUAUCAUUGGGUACCAAGCUUCAAAGGAUGAUAUCACUGUUUAUUCAGCUUUGUCAUCAGUUCCAUCAUCUGAAUAUGAGAAUGUUGCUAGGUGGUUCAAGCACAUUGAUGCUUUGUUGAGACUUUCUGGUGUUUCUGGCGAGGGAUCUGGUGUCACCGUGGAAUCAUCGCUAGUUGCUGAAGAGGCUGUUGCCACUCCUCCGGCUGCUGACACAAAGGCCACUGAAGCUGAGGACGAUGAUGAUGACGAUGUGGAUUUGUUUGGCGAAGAGACUGAGGAAGAAAAGAAGGCGGCUGAGGAAAGAGCAGCAGCCGUGAAGGCAUCUGGCAAAAAGAAAGAGAGUGGGAAAUCAUCGGUAUUGUUGGAUGUGAAACCUUGGGACGAUGAAACUGACAUGAAGAAGCUUGAAGAAGCAGUGAGAUCUGUUCAGUUAGAUGGGUUGUUAUGGGGUGCAUCCAAACUUGUUCCUGUUGGAUACGGUAUCAAGAAACUUCAAAUUAUGAUGACUAUUGUGGAUGACUUGGUUUCUGUCGACAAUAUGGUCGAGGAUUAUCUUACCGUCGAGCCCAUCAACGAGUAUGUCCAAAGUUGCGACAUUGUGGCCUUCAACAAAAUAUAAUCUUCCAUUCAUGUCACAAUGGAGAUUAUAGUGGAGGAGGAAUUGCAAUUAUUAGGGAUGACUUAUCAAGGGAUGCUGUUAUGUUACAUUGAGAUUUUUGCUUUUGCAAACCUACUUUUUGUUGUCCUUUGAUGAUUUUGUCUUGUAAUUUCAUCACCAUUAUAUGGAUUGUGAUAUAAUAAUUUAAGCCA